AUGGAUCCUUAUAUGCCACAAAUGCAACAGCACCAACGUCAAGAACAGCACUUACCAACUGAAGAUUGUGGCGCCGAGGAAAUUACCGCUCCAUUAGUAUUUCAAUGCAUAAAAUGUAGACUUAUCGUUGGUGACUCGUUUGCUUGGGUUAAUGCAGACAAAGACUUACGAAGUGUUGCUCUACAUGCCAAACCAGCUAAUAUCAGAGUGGGCACUGAGGUCGAAUGGUCGAGGGGUGGUAUUGAUUUGGGGAGUACCUAUGUGUUGACAUAUUGUCAUGGAUGUGGAAAUGUACUUGGAAAAGUCUAUCAUACAACACCACGCAAAUUUGAUUAUAUUCGUGAUCUCAUUAUGAUCGAUUUAGAUCAAGUGACAACCUACCAACUUGGACAAUACCUCAAUGACGGAGCUAUCCCAGCGGAUCUUAUAAGUAUGCCCAAUGCAAGAAUGCUUCAAUUAUCAGUCGAUAUGGUCAAAGACGUUUUAUUGGUGAUGCAUGAUCGAUUAUCAAACAUGGAGCAUAAAUUAGGUCAAUCCUCAAGUAUGGGCCCCGAGAGUGAAUUAAGAGAUUUGGGUUUGUAA